AUGGCUUACCCCCAUGCCAAACCCUACUCGCCUAAAAAGUACAGCGUGGACCUGGACGACAACAACGUGCCGUGCACUAGAUGCAUGCCAUGGCCUCCCGUACUGCUCACGGUCCUGCAGGCCAGACGUGCACGGCGCCCUCACGUCAUGGCCCCUAGCCGGGCUCCCCUGAACCUGUUGCCUCGGUUAGUGUUGGAUGAAGCAUCAAACGCUGAAGGCAGGAGACGGCUAGACAAUCAUCAUGCUGCUGGGGCAGAGCUUGGAAAUAAUAGCAACACAGGGACAGUGAGAAGCUCAAGUCUUCAAGCAAGCUCCUCAGCCCCUCAACCAAGCACUUCAGCUCCCAGUACUAGCACUUCAGCUCCCAGACCUAGCACUUCAGCUCCCAGACCUAGCACUUCAGCUCCCAGACCUAGCACUUCAGCUCCCAGACCUAGCACUUCAGCUUCUAAUCCAAGCACUUCAGCUCCUAAGCCAAGCACUUCAGCUCCUAAAGUUAGCACCACAGCUCCUAAAACAAGCACCCCAGCUCCUCAACCAAGCACUUCAGCUCCUCAACCAAGCACUUUAGCUUCUAAUCCAAGCACCCCAUCUCCUCAACCAAGCACUUCAGCUCCCAGACCUAGCACUUCAGCUCCCAGACCUAGCACUUCAGCUUCUAAUUCAAGCACCCCAGCUCCUAAACCUAACACCCCAGCUCCUAAACCUAGCACCCCAGCCCCUAAACCAAGCACACCAGCCCCAAAUCCAAGUACCCCAGCCCCUAAACCAAGCAACCCAGCUUCUCAACCAAGCACCCCAGCUUCUCAACCAAGCACCUCUGUUUCCAAGGCUUGCACCACAGCUUCUAAACUAAGCACCCCAGCUUCUCAACCAAGCACCCCAGCUUCUCAACCAAGCACCUCUGUUUCCAAGGCUUGCACCACAGCUUCUAAACUAAGCACCCCAGCUUCUCAACCAAGCACCCCAUCUCCUCAACCAAGCACUUCAGCUCCCAGACCUAGCACUUCAGCUCCCAGACCUAGCACUUCAGCUUCUAAUUCAAGCACCCCAGCUCCUAAACCUAACACCCCAGCUCCUAAACCUAGCACCCCAGCCCCUAAACCAAGCACACCAGCCCCAAAUCCAAGCACCCCAGCCCCUAAACCAAGCAACCCAGCUUCUCAACCAAGCACCCCAGCUUCUCAACCAAGCACCUCUGUUUCCAAGGCUUGCACCCCAGCUUCUAAACUAAGCACCCCAGCUUCUCAACCAAGCACCCCAGCUUCUCAACCAAGCACCUCUGUUUCCAAGGCUAGCACCCCAGCUCCUAAACCAAGCACCUUAGCUCCUAAACCAAGCACCUCAGCUCCUAAACCAAGCACCCCAAUUCCCAAACCAAGCACCCCUGCUCCCAAACCAAGCACCCCUGCUCCCAAACCAAGCACCCCAGCUCCCAAGGCUAGUACUUCAGGUCAUCAACCAAGCACCCCAUUGCUGCCAACAACCAUGACUGAGAAUGGAACCCACAUCUCUGAUACAAAAACCAAAACCACAGACAUGAACACAAACAGUACUCCGAAACCUUUACAGACCAUCUUUGAUUCCAAGUCCAGACACGUUUUUAGCUCAACUAACUCAAGACACAGCCUCGAAUCAACUUCUAGUUCUGACUCAUCCACAUCCACAUCUUGCAGCCAGAAGAGUCUCAGCAUUUUCAGUCAGGAGCCAACGUCCAGGUUAGAUCUAAGUGGACCAUCUCAUGCUGGACCUAGAAAAAGAAAACUGCCCUCUCCAGUUAAUGAAAACUCUGAUCCAAAGAGACUAGUGCUGGGGAUUGUAAAACCUGAAGAUGUAAAACCUGGACCAGUCUACGACCCCAACAGAACCCCAACCUGGGCUAAAGACUACAUGAUAAGAAGCAUGCAGUACAAAAGUGGGUUCAUUGACACACACUGCGAUGUCGAGAUGAUGGUGGAGGCAAUAAGGAAACAUCCAACGUUUUGUCUGAUGAAAGAAACGGUGCCUUUCAACUUUGCUGGGGUGGUUGCAGCUAUUUCUAACCCGGCAAUGUUUUCAAAAACAGAUGGUUUGGAUGGAUUUGUGAAGCUUACACUACAAACAGAUGAAAUAUGGAUGACAUUUGGAUGUCACCCUAGACACGCAGGCUCCUUCACAGCAACACACAUCACAACCCUGAAGAUGGCUUUGUCCAUAGACAGAUGUGUUGGGGUGGGGCCUUGUGGUCUUAACUACACUCUAAAACCCAGCAUUGACCAGCAGAAGUUUGUGUUCAAAUCCCAGUUACAGCUGGCUGUAGAGCUCAACCUUCCUAUUGUAAUUCAUUGCAAACAUGCAGAGGAUGAUUGCUUUCUUAUGAUGAGAAAGUUUGUACCCAGAGACCACCGUAUCCACGUUCAAGGUUUCAUUGGAAGCAAGGAAAUAGCCAAACAGUGGAUGGAGUAUUUCUCCAACAUGUACUUUGGGAUAACACCAGUCAUUGCCAUCAAGUCCAUGCCACAGUCUAUCAGAGACAUGGUGAAGUCUCUUCCCACGAGAAGGAUGAUCUUGGAGGCUGGGGCACCCAACAUUAUACCAGACAGUCACAAGCCACACAUCUCAGUUUCCCACCACGGCUUUGCUUUGUUUACUGCCAAGGCCAUUGCUGUAGAGAAAGGCUAUUCAACGGAUGACUUGUUUCUUGCUACACGACAAAACACCAAAGACCUGUAUGGGAUAUAA